GAGAAGAUAAACAAAAAGGAAGGAAGCCUUCGGCCAUACAAUCGCGGCAAAAAUCGGUUCAAAAAUUUAGCUUCCAGGCUACAGUUAGCAACUACAUGUGCCCCUUUAUUGCUUAGAUAGUUAACAUUAGGCGUUCACAAUCAUGGACGAGGCAAUAGUGUUUCGUAUGAGCGCAUUUUCCGAGCAAGGGGGGAGAAAAUACAUGGAGGAUGUUGUCGAGAUAAGAAUCGAGUACGAGCCGACGCCGUCGCCAGUGGAAGAUUAUCCAAAGUCGCAGAGACAUGGAGGACAGGGAAAAGCCGAGAGUGAACCCACCAAACAGACUGAACAUGAGACACACGACCAGAACGUCGCUGCCGAGUCUGGUCCGGUUUCUGCAAUGUGGGUAGAGAACCUAUCUAACGAGGACAGUGGCAACAACAGUGUACCGGCAUCGGACGAAAAAGUCGCAGAGCAUGUAGUCGACACUCGGAAAUCUGUGGCGUUUUUCGCCGUGUUUGAUGGCCACGGGGGUCGAGAAGCGGCACAUUUCGCGAGAGAGAAUCUGUGGGAUUUGUUGAAGAGGCAGCGGGGCUUUUGGUCGACGGAUCACAGUGAAGUGUGUGCCGCUCUUCGGAAGGGCUUCAUCGCCUGUCACCAUGCAAUGUGGAAAGAGCUACCGGAGUGGCCAAAGACUAUUACUGGCCUGCCCAGUACAUCAGGCACCACAGCCAGCGUGAUUGUGAUCCGCGGGGUUCACAUGUAUGUUGCCCAUGUGGGGGAUUCAGCAGUAGUGGUUGGAGUGAAAGAAAAUGACUGUGAUAUCACGCUCCAGGCACUUGAAGUAACACAAGACCAUAAACCUGAACUUCCUAAAGAAAAAGAAAGGAUUGAACGAUUGGGUGGCAGUGUAAUGAAGAAAUCUGGGGUUAACCGUGUCGUGUGGAAGAGGCCCAGGCUGACCCAUAACGGCCCUGUGAGGAGGAGUACAGUCAUUGACCAGAUCCCCUUCCUGGCGGUGGCCCGAUCCCUCGGUGAUCUGUGGAGCUAUGAUUUCUACAGUGGGGAGUUUGUGGUUUCUCCAGAGCCUGAUACCACUGUGAUGACCCUUGACCCCAAACGCCAUCGCUACAUCAUCCUCGGCAGUGAUGGACUAUGGAAUAUGAUGCCACCCAAGAAUGCUGUCAAUAUGUGUUAUAGCCACGACAAAAUGGUGGGACCAAAGGGAAUGUCUUGCGCUCGCCGGCUGGGAUGCACAGCACUGCUGUUUUGGAAAGAACGGAUGCUGCGUGCAGACAACACCACGGUUAUCGUCCUGGCCCUACAGGAGCGCGGAGGCCCUCCUAUCCCUAUGCAUCGAGAUGAGAUUGUUGUCGACAUGGCUACAGGAAUUGACCACGUUCCAUACCCAGGAACUACUUACAACACAUGUGAGGUCCCAAAGCGGAGCGAUGCAGUGAAUGCUCCCUCCCCAUUAAAAGACAGUUCUACAACUCUGGAGCAGGCAUUUGGGCUGUAUGAAGCAGCUUUCUGUGCCACCGCACAACUCUUACCUGACGCUGACUCUGUGAGGGCCACGCUGGCCCCCUCAGAUGGUUCUGCGAAUGUUUUCGAAAAGCAAGACUCGACAACCCAAAUGGACUGUGCCGCCUCUGCUCCUCCGUUAAAAAGGUCUCGCCGCUCUCUGCAUCCCCCCCCUGAACUAAGAGGUCCUCACCGCCGGCUUGGCCGGUCCUCCAACAAAACCUUCCCCCAGGAGACGCCCCAUAGAAAUGUACAAAGUGAACAAACCCAACAAACUCGUGCACAAAAGGGAGAAAGAAGCUCCUCCGAGGAACGCAGUAUCCUACCACAGCGCCACAACUCUGCCUUGUGUGUGUGCUGAAUCUCAUAGAAACAGUGUUUUUGCCCUGCGACUAGAGGGAUGAUCUGCAUCGUUUGCUCAUGUAUCAGGUGUGCCACAGGCCUAUUCCUAGAUGUAUACUUUUUAUACAAAGUCUUUGUUUUUGUAAAUAUGUGAGGAAUUUGGGAUUGUAAAUGUGUUGCUGUUUUGACCUUUUCCUCUUGCUCUUCUUCCUGCCCCCUUCCUAAAUUUUAGUGUGACUUUAAAUUUUAGUCCUAUUCAGUCUGCACAAUCUAUUUUCAUACUCAUAAGUAUGUAUAGUAUUUCCAAAAGACGUAUUUUAAAGAAGAUAGAUCACUACAAUCUGAGAUAACAUCAGUUCACCACAUCUUCCAGUUUAGAUAUUUUGACUACUCGGAUGCUUUAACAUGCCAGUCUUUCCUUGAUGUGGGUUAAUUCCUCAGACCAGUUGUUUGGAAUCUUUCCUCUUAGAUCAGGAGUACCCAAACCUUUUCCCUCAAAAUGCCCAAACUGCAACUUUAUGAUGGACCACAGGCCAAAAGCAAACACCCAUAGUAUUUGAUUGUAAGAUGCUAAAUUGUACACCAGGAACUUCCUGCCCAAAGUGUCUCUAAACGCCUGCUCAGAUUCUGAAACGUAAUUUGAAAUUGAAGCGUUUGAAAUAGCAUUUUUAAGUCACACAAAACUGUACAAAGAGUGAUUUUCUAAAAGGAUUUUUAAAAUUAAAUUUGAAUUGUUUUUGCUAGAAACAUCAGAUUGUCCUUAUGGCAGGCCCCCUGGCCCCACUUUGGCCAACCCUGUCUUAGAUGAAAUAAUAGUGGUAAUAAGAGGGCACAAAAUAAUGGAAGAAAUUUGACGGCAAUGGUCUGAGGUAAUUAUCAUUGAAUUUAAAGCUUCAGUGUGUAAUAUUUAGGAGGCUCUAUCUGGAAUAUAAUAUUCAUUGUUUCAUUAGUGUAUCAUCAACUGAAAAUAAGAAUGUUUUUUUUUUUUAAAACUUAGAAUGAGUCAUUUUUAUCUACAGCCAUGUUGAACCACCAUUUUGACAUGCUCAAAACAGAAGCUGGGAAGGGGAGGGUGAAGUGAGGGAGUUGCCAUCUGCAACUACAUGGCUAGAUGCCACUAAAUCCUACACACUGGACCUUUUAAGUCUCUGUUAUUUGUGUUGUGUUUUUAACAGUGGCUAAUUAUGAACUGUCAGCUAAUUGGUGUAUGUUAUGCAUAACCUUUUGAGGAGGUAUUAAAGGGUCAAUUCACCCAAAUAAAAUAAAAAAAACGUGAAACACUUACCCUAGUAUCUAUCCGUGUAGAUACUGUAGAUAUGUGUAUGUUAGUGAACUGACCCUUUGGUGGUACUUUUUCUUUGCUGGAGAGUCCAUUCCAAGCAUCUCCUUGUUUAAUUUGGCCAAUUGAAUUACAGUCGUGUGGGCCUGUGUAGAAGUACAUUUGUUUAAAUGGUACAAUCAGAACAGUACAGGUUGUUGGGUAAUGGUACUGCAUGUUUAUGUAAGAGCAAUACCCGUGCCUCACUUGAAGGUGGUUUGGGGUCUGCUUCGGCCUUGAUUUUUUUAUUUGUAUAACGUCAAGUUCAGUUGAAGUGUCCACUAGGCACUAAACGCUAUUUCAAUAGGUCUUCCUCUUUGUUCUCAUAUAUUGUACCCUUGUGUAUGGUAUGCAUCUAUAACUUGUGUGUUUUUUGUUUUGUUUUUUAUAUUGUUUUCUUUACCCUUUUAUUGGAUAGGACAGCUAAAGAUAGACGGGAUAGGGGUUCGAGAGAGGGGGGAUGACACAUAGCAAACGGCCACAGGUCUGCUUCACUGCAGCAAGGACUCAGCCUUUGUACAUGGGGUGCCAUUUCUACCAGAUGAGCUACCCGGGCCCCCCUAUAACUUGUGUUUUAAUCUGCACAUAAAACACCUUAUGAUAUGUAUUUCGAGUGCGGGAAGCGCCUGAUUCAUAGAAUAUAGUAAGUUCUAACUUGUGUUAAUAUGGCAGCUCGGUUACUGUUCUAGCUGAUUCGUUUGCCUUCUUUUUACAUAAGUGUCAUGUUUGCCUUAGCACAAACUGAGUCAGAGGUGCUUUUCACGUGUUUUAAUAUUUGGGACUCAAGCUGUGAGGUGAGAAUCUCUCAAAUAUGUCAGUGUAGUAUGGCUGUGCCCCAGCUUCAGUUAUUUAUCAUGCACCUUCAGUUCCACAUCGGUGUCAUUUUACCGUUCACACUGCAGCAUACUAAACCUGCUCCUAAACCUGGUUGAUGUUUUUCAGUUAUAUUGCAGAGCAAUUUGUUGGUUUUGUACAGUGCGUCAAUAUGCAAUAGAAGUUUGUACAGUACAUUAUUAUGCAAAGUAAUUGGGUUUUUCAGGAGUCUGGCAUGCUCAGAUCUAUUCUGUAUGUUGUGGACUGUCCAGAGGUAAUGGAUGUUGAUGGGCAUGUGGUUUGUUUUUGACAAUUACAAUACUUGGGUCUGGCUUCAUAUCCACUGCAGCCAGCUUUCAGGACUAACUGUAGGCUUUGAAAGUGACUGGAUAUACAGUGUUGUGUGUUGUAAUAAAGUUCUGAUUUUACAA